AUGGGCAUGUUCCCGGAGGACCAUGAGAUUCGCAUCCCCACGCUCCUCAAACUAUGGGUUGAUGAAGGAUUUGUGAAACCGGUGGCCGGUAAAAGCUUGGAAACGAUUGCUCGAGUAGUGUACCUACACGAUCUCGUGAUCAGAAAUCUAGUCAUGGUUUGCGGGUGGGACUGCACUGGAAGAAUAAAAUACUGCGGCAUCCACGAUCUCCUGAGAGACCUAUGCAUAAAAGAAGCUGAGAAAUACAAUUUCUUUCGCACGAUGGAAACAACAAAAACGCACAACAACAACCCUGAGCAUCACGACCAAAUAAGCUGGCGUGCCCAACGCCGUAUCGGCAUUCACCAUGCUUUAUCAGAGGGGGAAUACAUUCCCCGUCCCCUCCCUGGAGCUGUGCAAUCGGCAUCACGCGCACGAACUCUGAUAAGGGAAGUUACAGGACGUUUAGAAUCUGUAGUUCCUUUUAGACUGCUUAGGGUUCUGAUUGAUAAAGGCUACGGCGGGGGUCAAGGAUUUCAUCUGUGGCGGUACUGGCCGGUGUUAGACAUCUGGCGGAUGCCCCAACUCAGGCACGUCACGGUAAACGGUUUCCAUCUCACGGAUCCUCCUCCAAUGGAUGAAGAAAAUGGUGAUCAGAUGGUGUUGGAGAAUCUACAGACAUUGGAGGACAUAGACUUUUCUUCAUCACUCUCUCGACCAAUUGAGAUAACGUUGUUCCCUAUUUUGCUCAGGAAGCUUACUCUGGAAGGGACGAGGCUGGGGUGGGAGGAGAUGGGGACCAAGAUAAGCUCGUUGCCAAAUCUCGAGGCCCUCAAGCUACGGUAUGAAGCGUUUGUGGGGCCCGAUUGGGAAACAGCGGAUGGCGGAUUCCCGAGCCUGAAAUACUUGGAAAUCUUUUCUUGCAAAGAUCUUCAACAGUGGAGGGUGGAGGCCACGCACUUCCCGAGCCUCGAGAGGCUCGACUUGUCUUAUCUACACAAGCUGAAGGAGAUUGCAUUGGAAAUUGGGGAUAUAACCACGCUUAGGGAGAUCAAUGUGGUGGAAUGUAAUGACUCUACCGUGCUUUCUGCAAAGAAGAUAUUAGAGGAACAACAGGAGUGUCUUGGAGAAGUCGGCCUUCAGAUAAAAGUUCGGAUAUAUACCCAACAUUCCCAACUACGAGAAGAGAGCUUCAAGAGUACUCCAAACUUUACAGUUGAGUAUGUCGGAUCACCCUGA